AUGUCUUCCAAUGACAUCAGAGAGUUCAAUUUGGGGAGCUCGACUGACAUCGUGAUUAUGGUCAGUGAGAGCGAGAACGAAGAUUCCUCGUUGCCAUCUGAUAAGAGAGCUCUGUUUCGAAUGAAAAAAGUCUCUUUGAGCAGAAACAGCGACUUUUUCAAAGCUCUGCUGCCAGUGGCCGACCAAGACCCUCGCUGGUUUGACAUCCAACGCCAGAAUGACCUGUUCAAGGCACUUCUAUCGAAAAAAUGGAAGGAAGCCGUGAAGGAAUACCCGGAGAUUGAGGACCACGUCAUCACUUUAUAUGGAGACAAUAUCCAAAGCAUGCGGAUCUGGUUCAGCGUAUUUUACAGGGAGGAAGUCAACCCCGCAGAUGUCUCCAUCAAGGAGAUAUGGCACACAAUCAGAGCCUCAGACAAAUAUGCAAUCGACGGAGAGAAGCUGCCUGCGGUCUGGGAGGAGCUUGAUACCCAACGGGAGCUUCUUUUCCCGUGUCAUUUCUACGAUCAUGCCGAAGCAUUCCAGAUCCUGACCAAAAGCCUUGUCUACAAGUCCGAAGAGCAGGUAUUCGAGAAAAAUCCCAUUGGAGAUCAUCGCUUGCACUUGCGUCCUUUGGUGAUACAACAAAUGGACGCUGCGAGAGGACGUUUGCGGAAUAGGCUACAGUUUGCGCUAUUUGACAAAAGGAUCGACCAAAUCCGUCGUUCGUCCUGCCAAUGUAAGAAGGCUACAGUUUUCGACUUCCUGGAUGAAUUGUCUCGUGUCGAUGUGAAUCCAUUGAAAGAUAUGAUCUACAAGAGCAGCAUCUCUGAGCUUCUUCGAAGGUUGAAGGAUUUCAAGGUAGAAAACAUCGGACCUCCUGACGAAGAUUGCUUCAAUUGUGGGAUCGAUUUCCAGGACCAUGUGGAGACCGCCGCUCGCACGGUUGAGAAGUAUUUCGAUGGAAUGUGUCUGGACUGCAUGAAGGAAGAUCCAGAUCUCAGCUCUCCGUAUUGGCAACCGAAAGGUUACCGUGGAUCAUAUGAUCGUACUUGUCGUAUUCGCCAUGGAGAACCUAGUUGGUACUACAGCUUUAUGGGUAGACGUGAGAGGAGUCGGUUCCAGGAGAGAUAG